UGAUGUUGAUGUUGAUGAAAACAACCAAUAAUAACAACAACAACAACAAUCCAGAGGGCGCUGCUGUUGUGUAAUUCAAGUUGGCGCCAGUACGAAAAAUUCCCAGCGAAAACAAUGCUACAUUUUCUACAUUUCCUUCCAUCAAAUUAGCUGAAUCAUUUAUGGGAAAAAAUGGAAGAGGAUAUAGACCCGUUUUUGGAUGAUGAAGAUUCCAAUGGAGUUGGCACACAGGAGGUUCAGAGUUGUAGUGUAGAUGCCGAGAAUAGAUUCAGAGAGAACCAAACCAGCCCCAUUCUUAGCUGCUCAAGUUCUGGUGUUAAUUCCAGUCAAGCUGGACGCCGCAAAGGUAGAAUACGAAGAUCUGGAUCAACCUUCCAAAAAGACCACUUGUCCAUACCUCUUGAUCCUUCUGUAGAGAGUUGGAAAGUGCCGCCAUGUACACCAGUUGAAAGUCUGUUGCUUUCUCAAGACUUUCAGUCUGACUUUGUUGCACCAAAAACACCAGUACCUGUUUGCAUACCUUUUAAGAGCAUCUCUCCUUUCAAUGAUGCUCAAUCAGAUGAUGACAUUUUUGCUUCGCCAACCUGCGAUGAGCAAGGAAUUAACCCCAGUGCUCUAAAUGCGCUAUUUAAUGGGCCUGAACACUCAGAUUUAUCUUGGUCCAUGGUAACGCCUUCAGCAAACCAAGCAAGCAACACUUCGUGGUCCAAUCUAAAUACUGAGGAACGCAAGGUUUUAUUACCUAGUGAUGAUUUCAUUGUCAAACCCCGAGCAUUGUUUUUACCUGACGCGAAUGAUACUGCAGAUUCAUGGAAUAUGAGCUCGGAUGCAGAAGGCUUUGUUGCCUUGAAAGGACAGAUGGCUAGUGAAACACCCAAUUACAGGAGAAGAAAAAAUUCUCUGGUAUCUUCUGUGCCUGUAGAGAGUCCUCUUGCAACAAGUAUUGCUGCUGAGGACAGCUGUUACGCCACUCCUGACCACAAACCUCGAAAAAUCUGCCUGGAAGAAGUAGCAGGAUCACCCAUUCUCUCAGGCAGUAGUGAAUUUUCCAAAUCUUCACGGGAUGAGAAAGAGGAAGAAGAUUUAUUCGAGAACGAAGAGGAAUGUCUCGUUGACAUGUUGCCUGCUGGCAAAGCGCAGGAUUCUAAAAUUGCUGAAUCAACCCCACAUGCAGGACACAAGAAAGAGACGCAUGCUGAUGAACUUAAUAAUUUAGUGACUCCUCAUAAACAUGACCUCAAUAAUGGUGAAUCGUUUCUUCAAGAUAUUUCUGUCACUGCAUUAGAAAAAGUAUGUCAAGCCCAGGAGCUGAUUGACCAGGCUCCUCCCUCCACUCCUGAAAAACAGUCUGAGACCAAAAGAAAACGUCUUUUAUUUUCAUCGAACUUAAGUGAUACAAAUCAUUGUACAGGAACAUUUAAGAUUCCAGAAGCUAAACUCAAAGAAAAGGAUCAAAGCUCUAACCAGGAGAAGGACAAUGAUAAUGGUCAUUGUAUCCCAGAUGACUCAUUCAUGGAACAUUUGGCUGCAAUGAACACCUCAAUAUUUUCAGAUAAUUUACAGCCUAUCACAAAAGUGCAGUCAAUCAAAACAUCAGUCUCUAAAAUGAAAAAGUUUUGUUAUUCUGCUGACCAAAAUGUUGGACAUAAAAUAGUUGAAGCUUUGAAUACAAGUGAACCCAAGACACUAAUGAAGGAAAUCCUGAACUCAGUCAUUGUACUUGAGACUACUGCUGCAGUGACAGUCAAAUCUAAAUCUGUGAAGGCAAGUGGAGAUCUAGUAGUAUUCUCUCAACUGCAAGAGGAAAUAAGCAAAGAUCUUCAGGAAGGCUCCAUUGGAAUUGAGGGAAAUGAGUCCUCCGUACCUGCAUUGGAAGAAAAUGGACCCCCAUCAGUCAUGACUUCAAUACUUUCACCUUGCCAAGGGUUUCAGACAGGAAGUGGAAAGCAGGUCGAACUGUCUGAGGAAGCCCUCUCUAAAGGAUUAAGUCUAUUAAAGGAUUGCAUGGAGGCUGUGGACACCAGACCAACAGAUAAGAUCAAUGCUCCUAAAACAUCACCCAUCACUUCAAAUGUCCCUGAAGCUAGUAAAGCGCAAUCUACUGAGACCAAUCUUAGUGAUGAUGUGGCUGCAGAAGAAAUCAAACAGCUCUUACAGUUAGUCAGUGAUGGAGAAGACUUUAACCCAUGGCAUGAUACAGAGACCAUAUCCUCUCCAAAGUCCUCAAAGAAGGAUAGCCUCAUCUGUCCUACAAGUUCCAAGAAGUCUCAGAACAGCCCAAUACAAGAGAGAGAAGGAUUUUCAACUGCUGGUGGCAAAAACAUUUAUGUGUCAGAUGAAAACCUUGCCCGGGCUGAGAAGUUGCUAUUAGCACCUGAAUCAGCCUCUACCAGCUCUGAUGAAAAUUUGAUGUCCAACAAAAAUCCAGUGGGUGAAAAGUGCAAUGAGCAUUUUGAUAAAAGUGAAGGCCAAUGCGAACAAAAUGAGGAGAUACAUAGGAUCCAAAGUACUAAUGAUGUUUCCAUUAGUAGAAAGAGGCGUUUUGAGAAAGUUCCUAACAUAGGCAGUUUCAUUGUUCCCAUGAAGAAAUCCUGUCUGGGCAUUGCUGACUCUCCUUCCUCUUCUAAUCAGAACACAAACAAUUUACUACCCAGCAAUAAGUUUCAAGAAGAUUUUCCCUGUGUGAGUGAGGCUAAGACUGAAACUAUUGAUAAACCAUUAGUGAAUAUAUCCCAAGAAGCAAUGAAUGUUGUGAAUAACUUGAUAUUCAAUUCUUCUAAACCAAAAGAUCCUCCCUUCAUGAAUAGAUCUGAAAUGGGAUUUUCUACAGCAUCUGGGGGGACAAUAAAUGUUUCUAAAAAUGCUCUGGAUAAGGUGAAGAACCUGUUUGAUAAUCUUCCUGCUGACUUUGAGACAGAAUCUUGUAAAAAAAGUUCAGUGGAAUUUUCUACAAAUGGUUUAAAAAGUUCUCUUGCCAACAAAGAUAUAAAAAUUAGUUUUCCUAGCAAAACUGAUUCAACUGUACCACACAAUGAUGUAAACCAGCCAGAAAAUGUUUCUGGCCAUACUGUGGAGGAAUUGACAACAGCUUAUGGUUUUUCAACAGCUUCUGGGAAAAAGGUUGAUGUAACAGAAAAGGCUAUGGAGCAGGCAAAGAAUCUGUUUGACGAUUUAUCAGAGGCUGAUUCAAAACUAGAAUUAAGAACCUGUGCGCCUAAACAACGUAGAUCCCUUGGAAGUUUUAGCAAGCCCAGUGCUCAAUCAACAAAUAAGGCCCAAACACCUGUUGCUGCUGCAGGUAGUAAAUCAGCCUCAUCUUCCCAUGAAGAGCUGAGUAAAGUGAAAAAUAUGUAUGAUGCCAUUCCAAGGAAUCCUACAGGAUUACAGUCAAAAGCAGGUGUGCGCAAAGUACGAAGAUCUCUGGGAAGUGUUAGCAAGCAUGGAGUAAUACCAACAAGUAAGGCCCAAACACCUGUUCUUCCCAAUAUGGACAUAGAGACAGAAAAUGGAGGUUUCUCAAAAGCAAGUGGAAAAGCAGUGUCAGAAGAGGCAAUGAAAACAGUAAAAAAUAUUUUUGAAGAUAUUUCAAAUGAAUUGAUCCCUGUCCUUCCUUCCGCGUCUUCAAGCAAUAAUGUCAUGGUCAAGAGGUCAUCGAUUGAUUUGGUAGGUUUCUCAACAGCGGGAGGGAAGACUCUCCGGGUUUCAGAAGAAGCUUUGAAUAAAGCCAGAAAUUUGUUUGAUGACCUGCCCUCUGAGUCCUCAAGCAAUGACCCAAAACCUAGUACUGCUAGUGACUCCCCUGUAGACAUGCCAGGUUUCUAUACAGCCGGAGGAAGUGCAGUCCAGAUAUCUAAGGAAGCUUUAACUAAAGCAAGGACCUUGUUUGAUGAUCUGCCUUCUGAACCUUCAAGCAGAGGCGCAAAAUCUAAAACUGCUAAGAAUCCAUGUGUUGCAAUGACAGGUUUCUCUACGGCCGGAGGAAGUGCGGUCCAGAUAUCUGAGGAGGCUUUAAAUAAAGCUAAGACCUUGUUUGAUGAUCUGCCUGCUGAGCCUUCAAGCAGAGGCGCAAAAUCUAAUAUUGCCAAGACUCCAUCUGUUGAAAUGACAGGUUUCUCCACAGCAGGAGGAAGUGCAGUCCAGAUAUCGAAGGAGGCUUUAAAUAGAGCAAAGAACUUAUUUGAUGACGUACCCUCUGAGUCUUUAGUUACUGAUGCAAAUGCCAGUGUUACUAAAAGGUCAUCUGCUGAUAUGGCUGGUUUUUCAACAGCAGGAGGACGAGCAGUUCAGGUAUCAAGUGAGGCCUUAAAUAGAGCAAGAAAUUUAUUUGAUGACCUUCCAUCUGAGUCUUUAGCCAUUGAUGCAAAAUCCCAUGCUUCUGAAAAGCCAAUGGUUAAAAUGGCAGGGUUUUCAACAGCAGGAGGAAAGGCAGUUCAAAUAUCUGAAGAAGCUUUAAAUAAAGCAAAGAACUUCUUUGAUGACCUGCCUUCUGAGUCUUCAAGUGAUGAUGCAAAACUAAGUACCACUAAGAAGUCAUCUGUUGACAUGGCAGGUUUCUCUACAGCAGGAGGAAGUGCAAUCCAAAUAUCUAAGGCGGCUCUAAAUAAAGCAAGGAACUUAUUUGAUGACCUACCAUCUGAGCCUCCCAACAGUGAUGUAAAAUCGAGCACUGCCAAGAAGCUAUCAGUUGAUAUGGCAGGGUUUUCAACAGCAGGAGGACAGGCAGUUCAGAUAUCAAAAGAGGCCCUAAAUAGAGCAAGAAAUUUGUUCGAUGACCUGCCUUCUGAGUCUUUUGAAACCAGUGCAAAAUCCAGUUCUGCUAAAAAGCCAGUGGCAGGUAGUUCAACCUCAGGAGAAAGUGCUAAUAAGGAAAACAAUUUCCUCCACUCUUCUAUUUCAAAAAACAACCCAGUUUACCAUGAAAUGCAAAAACCCAGUCUUACCCAGGAAAUAACUGAAAGCACCGCUGCUAUUUUGGCUGAUGACGGCUUUGAUUUGACUCGGUGUGUUGAUGUAUCUGAAUUUUCCAGGCCCUCAAUAAGCACAAGUCCUUCAAUGGUAACUGACCGUUCAAGUGGUUUGAAACCUAUUGUUUCCUCAGUUCCUGAAAAUAAACGCAAUGCAAGUGAACCAUCAAGUCCCAUUUUAAGUAGGAGUAAUAAUGGAUCCCGUAAAAGAUGUCGAAGAGGCAGACUUAGCCUCUCCACUAACACCAGCUCAAGAACAUCACCAACCUGGGAAAUCUGUGCAUCGUCACAGGAUCAUCAUAGAACUCGUUUAUCUCUUCCAUCCACAGUCUCUUCAAGUAGCUUAGCAUCACUGUGUCCUACUCCUGAUGCUGUUGUUGAAAGUUCAAAAGUUUUAGAUAGGUCCAGUUUUAACAAUGCAACUGGCGAGGCAAAUACAAAUGACAUCAAAUUAAGUUCCAAAUUGCCACCAUCUCGCAAAUUGUUUUCUUCUGAGUCUGAUCUGUCUCCAGCCAAACUCAACACCCCCAAUGCUAAGAUCAAUUCUAAUGUGCCAUCUCAUAUUGAAUGUAAUGAGUCUUCUAGUGUAACACCUGAUCAAAGAUCUACUCCUCUUUCAAGACCAUCUCAUCAAAAUCCAUUGAUAAGGAAAGCCUUGACAAAGAGUCUUACCACCCAAUCAUCGGGAUUCAAGACUCCCUAUAAAAAUGACAGCAAAGAGCAAACAAAACGAUCUCCAUCCAGCCCAUUGCAGAACCCUCCAGAGGCAAAGCGAAUGAAGCCAUCAACAAAUCUUUAUAUUUCCCAUGUGUUCUUGUCUACACCUGGACAAGAAAAAUCAAAUCCCAGAGACCUGCGACCAGAAGUUGCUGAAAUGCGAAGACGAGCUGCAGAGGAGCAGAAGCAGGUUGUAGACAAUUAUGCCGAGCACAAAGGUGAACUUCUCCGACCUUGUAUAGGAGGCUGGUUGUCUCGGAAAAUUAAUGAGAAAUCCUGCAGGAAGUUAAUGAAAAUGUCUGCAAUGGGAACCCCUGCUAGUUGUUCUCACAGUGAGUUAUUGUCAGCUGGAGUCAGGUCUUCAUCAAUAUAUAUCACACCUGCCAAUGCUGCAAGUUUUCGUUUUUCCGCAUGGGAGUAUUACAGUGAAGAUGUGUGCCGAGAAAAUGUAGCUGGCAUUCCUGUCGGAGAUGGAGCCCUUCUUGUACUUGAUGCUCAAGGUUUCAUGGGUUUAGAGGAAUUCCAACGGGCUUUCCUUGCCAGUCCGGGAGUCGAUCCUUCUUUAGUGCCAUCUGGAUGGUUUAAGAACCAUUAUCGUUGGCUUGUUUGGAAGUUGGCAUCUUUAGAGUGUCACUUUCCUGACCAACUUGGACGACAGUGCUUUUCUCCUGAUGUUCUGAUGCUGCAGUUAAAAUAUCGCUAUGAUAGAGAGAUUGACCGCUGUGAAAGGCCUGCUCUGCGACGUAUUUUUGAGCAUGAUGACUCUGCAGCUAAGCGUAUGGUGUUGUGUGUUUCUCAAAUAUUGAACAGGGAUGAUGCAUCUUCCGGGCUAGAAUUAGAGCUUACAGAUGGAUGGUAUAGUGUUAUAGCAUCAGUUGAUCAGGAUAUGCAGUACAGAGUGAAGAAAGGUACAAUUAAAAUUGGUACCAAGCUCAUAAUGCACAAUGCAGAACUUAUGAACUGCUCCGAAGGAUGUUUUCCUCUCCAGGUACGAGAUGAUGUUAGACUGAAACUAUGUAGUAAUUCUACAAGACGGGCUCGUUGGUAUGCCAAGUUGGGCUUUCAACAUAAUCCAGGUCCAAUCAAUGUGCCUUUAGGUUCUAUUCUCAGCUCAGGUGGUCUAGUGAGCUGUGUUACAGUUUAUGUUGCUAGAGUUUAUCCUCUUGUCUUUAUGGAGAAAACAGCAGAGAAAACUGUUGUGAGGUCCCAGCGUGCUGAAUCAAAAGAAGUGGCUAAAUGUGAUAAGAAACGAGAGCAGUUGGCAGAUAAAGUUUACAGCCAGGUGCAAGCUGAACUGCAGCAAGAGCAGACUAAACAGAAAUGUUCUGCUAAGAAAUUUGCAUUGAAACAUGUUGCAACCCUCACAUCUGGUGAAGACUUGUCUGAUAUUUUAGAAAAUGCAUCCGACCCUCUUAGUGUUCAGAGUCUAUUAACAGAGGAGCAAAAGCAAAUUCUAUCUAACUACCAAAGGGCCAGGCAAGAUGAAUUGCGUGGCGAGUUGGAGUCACGAGUCCGUUCACGGCUAUCUGACGAUGCCAACCAAGAGAGACAAGUUACUCCCAUUUUAAAGGUGCGUCUUUUUGAUGAAGUCAAUGGCAAUCAAAGUGGUGCUAUUCUUUCUGUCUGGAGGCCCUCUGAAGAUAUGACUUCAAUGUUUAAAGAAGGACAUAAAUUGUCUAUUUUUAGUGCUGUUGCAAAUGGUGUGAGGUGUGGAGAGUUGCAGCUAUCUGCAAACAGAUCAACUCGCUAUAAUUUUGAUAACACUGCAGAAAUCAAUUCCAAUCUAAUUCGAUGUGUGACUCCUUUUACAUCAUUGUCAUUACAUGGCUUUGUACCCCGCUUUGGAGAAGUUGAUAUUGUUGGUAUUGUCAUCAGAAUCAGUCCUGCCCCUCAAACUGCAGAAAACCCUUCCCAUUUUCAAACAGCUUAUCUCAGUGACAGUCACCAGAAUAUUGUUGGAAUUAUGUUUUGGGGGGGUAUGAAGGAAUUUGGAAUGGACGAUCUGAUAGUGUGUCGUUCAUUUAUUGCUGCUUCCAAUUUGCAACGCAGAGGAAACCCUUUUGUGAAAGCUGUCCCUUGUGUGUAUGCAAGUGAACUGUCUUUUUUCACAACAAAUCCUAAACAGCAAUAUUUGAAAACUGCUCAACAAGAAUUGCGUUGCUCUGUGUCAGCUGAUUUGAAAACUUUCUGCCAAGAGUGUGAAGAUAAACUUGAUGACUUACUUUCUCGAAAGAUGUCUCCUGCAGCUGGCUCUAAAACUCCUGACUCGAAAUCAUCAGUCUCAAAAUUAGUUGAAAGAAAUGGUGUCAAAGUAAAUGCACCAAAUGAAAACUCUUCCUUAGUAUCUGUUCAAGGCCAGCGCAAGUUAUCAAUGGAAGAACAGCUAAAAAGUCCGUCUGCUAGCAAUAUCCUUUCACCAGCUGUUGAAAGAAGGUUGGCCAGUCUUGAGAGAUAUGGAGAUUCUGUUCCAAUAUCACCUAUAUUCAUUAAUCAACCUCGGCGGUCCUUGCGUCAAGACUUCAAAGCACCUCGUCGAACUGACAGUCCUUCUGUUGAGUGUAAAAGAGAUUGAUCUUCCUUUAAUCAAGCUAACUAUUUUUAUCUUCAUAAUCAUUUUUAAAAGUUGUAUUUGACUGAUUUGCAAAGAUGCAAGAAUCUAACUUUCAGAUGCUGUCUUUUAAUGCUGUUAAUUGUACAAUCAAUCGGUUUGGUUUGCUUGAUGAGUUUACUGUGAUACUUGUGGUCAGGUAUGUCUAUAGUUUAUUCUGUUUUUUGGGAAGCUUGUUGCCUUGUUCUUUUACCACAUUGUGAUGUGUCUAAAACUCACCAAGCAAGCUAAAAGAAUUAAUGUUAUAUCUAUUGAUUGUUUGUUUGUGAGUGGGAGUUGAAAUAUUUAUAAAAAUUAAAUUCAUCAUUUAAUAUAAA